CAAUAACAAACAAAAGCCAUCGGUUUCGUUUUGUUAAUGUGUGAUUGUGUAUGCGUGUAUGUGUGUGUGUAUGUGUACUAGCAGGUCUAUGGCUGUAUGGGAGUGAUGCAUACAUUCUAUGGGUCGCCGAAUAGUAGAAAGAGCCCUGAAAUUAGUUUAGAAAUGUGAAAGAAAAGUGAGGGACAAUGGUCGACCUGACAAUGCGUUGUGCAUCCUAAACGGUGUAGAAGCGCCAGUGUAUCACAUCUGCUUGGUCAUCCCGUGCCCCGAUACAAAAAUGCAGCGCAAGCUAUUUUCGGAAGGUGAAAGGGUUUUGUGUUAUGACCCAAAUCCAACCCGACUACGCGUUCUAUAUGAUGCAAAAAUUCUUCGCGUCAACAAAACGAAAGCUGACGUAGAAUACUACAUUCAUUUUCUCGGUUGGAGCAACUCAUGGGAUCGUUACAUCUCGCCAGAACUUCUCCUUGAAGACAACGAGAAGAAUCGACAGCUUCAAGCCGACCUUAACGCAGAGGCCAAGAAACGGAUGCCAAAGAAGAAACGCAGCCGUUUAAACAAUACUCAUAGUAGUAACAACGGCUGUUCUUCGACCGUUAGCGAAUCGUCCCGAGAGGACAGUGGCUCAGACGAGGAUAGUGAUGUCGAGGCAAUCUGCGAGACCUUUUCUUUGUCGUUACCUGACCCACUCCGUGAGAAGCUCGUAUACGAACAAGACCUGGUAAAGAACAAAGGAAAACUGCAUAAACUUCCGUGUAGCCGUGACGUAGUGUCGAUCCUGGAGAAUUACGUUCAGCAUUACGCUUUUCAGUUGCACUACGUUCGGGCUCCAACUACUGAAAGCAAUAUGAAGCGUUCGCGUAGCCAGAUGGUGAUAAUUGAUAGAAAAACUGAGAUUGAACUCUGCAAAGAGACAGUCGACGGGUUGCGAAUUCUAUUCAAUAAUCUAUGCGACCGCCUGUUGCUGUACAACGAAGAGUUAAAACAGUUUGCUCUAUUGAAGGAUUUGACGUAUAACAAAGAUGCCCAGGAAAAGCAACGCCAGUCGCGGCGUACCUCGGAACUUGAGCUGCUGUUAGCCCAACUUGAGCACAGCUUCAUUGCCAACAAAAUACCACAGGCAUGGGACAAUGAAACCCAUCGGGCACGUUCUCUUCGAAUAUCAACACAACAUGCUUCGAUUGCAUCGGGUACUCUUAAGCGCGAGGACGAAGAUCAAAGCGAUAGCGCCACCAUCACAUCGUGGAGAUCCGCAACGUCGCCCGCCACUUCUGAGUUAGAAAAUGCCACGAAGUGGAGAAUGGCCGAAAAUGGGCUUCGGCCUGCACAAGUCUAUGGGGCGUAUCACCUAGUGAGGUUGUUAAGCCAAAUACCUUUUCUGGUCCCACAUUUCAGGAUGCCGCAAACAAAAGCUGACGCUUUGAGACGACACUUAACAUUACUUGUGGCUUACCUGUCGGAAAACGAGACGUUGUUUGAAGCUCAGUUUGAAUGAGACAAAUGAACGAAAUUUUGUGAA